GGGGGGGGAGGGAGGAAGUCACGUGGGGCGCGCGGUGCGCGCUGCGUGCGCGCGGCGCCUCAUCCGUCGCCCCACCCCCUCCCCUCCGGCGGGGCGGGGGUUUGGGGGGAGGGGCGUCAAGAUGGCGGCGGGGAGGUAGGCAGAGCCGGACGCCGCCGCUGCCGCCGCCACCGCCGCCUCCGCUCCAGUCGCCUCUAGUUCUUCAAGCUCUCGCCUCCCCAGAGAAGCUGUUCCGGCGUCGGUUCCCGCGGGGAAAAUGGUGGAGCCAGGGCAAGAUUUACUGCUUGCUGCUUUGAGUGAGAGUGGAAUUAGUCCGAAUGACCUCUUUGAUAUUGAUGGGGGAGAUGCGGGGCUUGCAACUCCAACACCUACUCCUUCAGUUCAGCAGUCCAUGCCACUUAGUGCAUUAGAACUAGGUUUGGAGACUGAAGCAGCAGUUCCUGUGAAACCAGAGCCAGAGACGGUACCUACUCCAGCGCUACUAAAUGUUAGGCAGCAGCCUCCAUCUACUACAACAUUUGUGCUGAAUCAAAUAAAUCAGCUUCCAACCCUGGGAUCAACAAUUGUAAUGACUAAAACACCGCCUGUAACAACAAAUAGGCAGACCAUCACUUUAACAAAGUUUAUCCAGACUACUGCAAACACACGCCCUUCAGUCUCAGCACCAGCAGUACGAAAUGCCAUGACCUCUGCACCCUCAAAAGACCAGGUUCAGCUGAAGGAUCUGCUGAAAAAUAAUAGUCUGAAUGAACUCAUGAAACUGAAGCCACCAGCUAAUAUUGCUCAGCCAGUUGCAACAGCAGCUACUGAUGUAAGCAAUGGUACAGUAAAGAAAGAAUCUUCUAAUAAAGAAGUAGCAAGAAUAUGGAUAAACGACAUGAAAAUGAGGAGUUUUUCUCCAACCAUGAAGGUCCCUGUUGUGAAAGAGGAAGAUGAACCAGAGGAAGAAGAUGAAGAAGAAAUGGGUCAUGCAGAAACCUAUGCAGAGUAUAUGCCUAUAAAAUUAAAAAUUGGCCUACGUCAUCCAGAUGCUGUAGUGGAAACUAGUUCUUUAUCCAGUGUUACUCCUCCUGAUGUUUGGUACAAAACAUCCAUUUCUGAAGAAACCAUUGAUAAUGGCUGGUUAUCAGCAUUACAACUUGAGGCAAUUACUUAUGCAGCCCAGCAACAUGAAACAUUCCUACCUAAUGGAGAUCGUGCUGGCUUCUUAAUAGGUGAUGGUGCUGGUGUGGGAAAAGGAAGGACGAUAGCGGGAAUUAUCUAUGAAAAUUACUUGCUGAGUAGAAAAAGAGCAUUAUGGUUCAGUGUUUCAAAUGAUUUAAAGUAUGAUGCUGAAAGAGAUUUGAGGGAUAUUGGAGCAAAAAACAUUUUGGUUCAUUCAUUAAACAAGUUUAAAUAUGGAAAAAUUUCUUCCAAACAUAAUGGGAGCGUGAAAAAGGGUGUUAUUUUUGCUACCUAUUCUUCCCUUAUUGGUGAAAGUCAGUCUGGCGGUAAAUAUAAAACUAGAUUAAAACAACUUCUGCAUUGGUGCGGUGACGACUUCGAUGGAGUGAUAGUGUUUGAUGAAUGUCAUAAAGCAAAAAACUUAUGUCCUGUUGGUUCUUCAAAGCCAACCAAGACAGGCUUAGCAGUUCUAGAGCUUCAGAACAAAUUGCCAAAGGCCAGAGUUGUUUAUGCUAGUGCCACUGGUGCUUCUGAACCACGAAACAUGGCCUAUAUGAACCGUCUUGGAAUAUGGGGUGAGGGAACUCCAUUUAGAGAAUUCAGUGAUUUUAUCCAAGCAGUAGAACGGAGAGGUGUUGGUGCCAUGGAAAUAGUUGCUAUGGAUAUGAAGCUUAGAGGAAUGUACAUUGCUCGACAGCUGAGCUUUACUGGAGUGACCUUCAAAAUUGAGGAAGUUCUUCUUUCUCAGAGCUAUGUGAAAAUGUAUAACAAAGCAGUCAAGCUGUGGGUCAUUGCCAGAGAGAGAUUUCAGCAAGCCGCAGAUCUGAUUGAUGCUGAGCAACGCAUGAAGAAAUCCAUGUGGGGUCAGUUCUGGUCUGCGCAUCAGAGAUUUUUCAAAUACUUGUGCAUAGCAUCCAAAGUUAAAAGGGUUGUGCAACUAGCUCGAGAAGAAAUCAAGAAUGGAAAAUGUGUUGUAAUUGGUCUGCAAUCAACAGGAGAAGCUAGAACGUUAGAAGCCUUGGAAGAGGGUGGAGGAGAAUUAAAUGAUUUUGUUUCAACGGCCAAAGGAGUGUUGCAGUCACUUAUUGAAAAACACUUCCCUGCUCCAGACCGGAAAAAACUUUAUAGUUUGCUAGGAAUUGAUUUGACAGCUCCAAGUAACAAUAGUUCACCAAGAGAUAGUCCUUGUAAAGAAAAUAAAGUAAAGAAGCGGAAAGGUGAAGAAAUAACUCGAGAAGCCAAAAAAGCACGAAAAGUAGGUGGCCUUACUGGUAGCAGUUCCGAUGACAGUGGAAGUGAAUCUGACGCGUCUGAUCAUGAAGAAAGUGACUAUGAGAGCUCUAAAAACAUGAGUUCCGGAGAUGACGAUGAUUUCAACCCAUUCAGAGAUGAGUCUAGUGAGGAUGAUGAAGAUGAUCCCUGGUUAAUCAGAAAAGAUCACAAAAAAAGCAAAGAUAAAAAAAAAAAGAAAAGUAUAGAUCCAGAUUCUAUUCAAAGUGCCUUAUUAGCAUCAGGUCUUGGAUCAAAACGACCUAGUUUUUCAUCUACACCAGUAAUUUUGCCUGCUCCUAACAGUGCACCAGCUAACAGUAACACCAACAGUAACAGUAGCCUUAUAACAAGUCAGGAUGCUGUGGAAAGGGCCCAGCAGAUGAAGAAAGACCUACUUGAUAAACUAGAGAAAUUAGCUGAAGACCUCCCUCCUAAUACCUUGGAUGAACUUAUUGAUGAACUUGGUGGCCCUGAGAAUGUUGCUGAGAUGACUGGUCGCAAAGGGAGGGUUGUAAGCAAUGAUGAUGGAAGCAUAUCUUAUGAGUCAAGAUCUGAACUUGAUGUCCCUGUGGAAAUACUAAAUAUCACGGAAAAACAAAGAUUUAUGGAUGGAGAUAAGAAUAUUGCUAUUAUCUCAGAAGCUGCCAGCUCGGGUAUUUCAUUACAAGCAGAUCGGAGAGCUAAAAAUCAAAGGCGAAGAGUUCAUAUGACUUUGGAAUUACCCUGGAGUGCUGAUAGAGCAAUUCAGCAAUUUGGACGAACUCAUAGAUCAAACCAAGUUACUGCUCCCGAGUAUGUGUUUCUGAUUUCUGAAUUGGCAGGGGAACAAAGAUUUGCUUCUAUUGUUGCUAAAAGACUUGAGAGCUUGGGAGCGCUUACACAUGGUGACAGAAGAGCAACAGAAUCUAGAGAUCUGAGCAGGUUCAAUUUUGAUAAUAAGUAUGGAAGAAAUGCUUUAGAAAUUGUCAUGAAAUCCAUUGUCAACCUAGAUUCUCCUAUGGUAUCACCACCUCCAGACUACCCUGGAGAAUUCUUUAAAGAUGUUCGACAAGGACUGAUAGGAGUUGGCCUGAUAAAUGUAGAAGAUCGUUCAGGAAUUCUUACUCUAGAUAAAGAUUAUAACAACAUAGGAAAAUUCUUAAAUAGAAUUUUGGGCAUGGAAGUACAUCAGCAGAACGCAUUAUUUCAGUAUUUUGCAGACACACUUACAGCGGUUGUUCAAAAUGCCAAAAAAAAUGGAAGAUACGAUAUGGGAAUUUUAGAUCUUGGUUCUGGAGAUGAAAAAGUGAGGAAAAGUGAUGUUAAGAAGUUUUUGACUCCAGGAUAUUCCACUUCUGGUCACGUAGAGUUAUACACUAUUAGUGUGGAGAGGGGAAUGUCUUGGGAGGAAGCUACCAAGAUUUGGGCUGAGCUGACAGGACCAGAUGAUGGCUUUUACUUGUCGUUGCAAAUAAGGAACAACAAGAAAACUGCCAUCUUAGUUAAAGAAGUGAACCCUAAAAAGAAGCUUUUCUUAGUUUAUAGACCAAAUACUGGGAAACAGCUCAAAUUAGAAAUUUAUGCUGAUCUAAAAAAGAAAUAUAAGAAGGUAGUCUCAGAUGAUGCCCUGAUCCACUGGUUAGAUCAGUAUAAUUCAUCUGCAGAUACUUGUACUCAUGCUUAUUGGCGUGGCAACUGCAAAAAAGCCAGCUUGGGAUUAGUUUGUGAAAUAGGUCUUCGUUGCCGCACGUAUUAUGUAUUAUGUGGCUCCGUUCUGAGUGUCUGGACAAAGGUUGAAGGUGUUCUGGCAUCUGUCAGUGGCACAAAUGUGAAGAUGCAGAUAGUUCGGCUAAGAACAGAGGAUGGACAACGGAUUGUAGGUUUGAUCAUUCCUGCAAAUUGUGUGUCUCCUCUUGUAAAUCUCCUGUCAACUUCAGACCAGUCUCAACAGCUUGCGGUCCAACAGAAACAGCUCUGGCAGCAGCGUCACCCACAGAGCAUCGCCAACUUGAGCAACGCAUAAGAACAGACAGGUUUCGACAUGGAUGUAUCUGAAAUGCUGUUGAAGCAUAUCAUUUGCAUAAAAAUCAGGGACAGUUUCCAAAGAAUUAUAAUUUUUUUUCAGUUGUGCUCUCUCUAGUUAAUUUUUUUGGGAAUAAGGACAAACCUGGAAUAGAUAGCAAAACUGAAAAUCAGCAGUGCCGAUGGUGGUACAUAUGUCUUUCCUUCGCUUUUCCCAUGGUACUUCCCAUAUGCUUUUACUUUGGGUGAGCAGAGGGAUAUGUGCGCGUGCGUGUGUGUCUGUUUGUUUGUGAGUUUGUUAAAGGCUACAAACCACAAUUGGUUUAAAAAUGCUUGGAACUUCCCAAACUGGCUUUACUUUUAUGUUACACAGUGCUCAGGGUUAACGCAGUACAUCCAUGCAAUUGCUGUGGGAGUUAUCCCCAGAUGCAUGUGUUUUGAGUCUAUAAAUAUAGAAAAUAUAUAUUGGUUUCUUUUUCCAACUUAUUAAACAAUAGGUUUAUUAAAGCAUGAAAUGAAAGGUUGCAUAUCAUGCAUUCAGGUUUUUUUCUAGUUUUUGUUCUGACAGUGCAUGUCUUUGAAAGCAUGUGUAAACAAGAUUAAAACGAGUCAAGUAACGGAGAGAAACUUUGUAGAUGUACAGCAUUGGUUAUUGCAUUUUUAUAGUGUUUAUACCUGGGUAUUGCUUCUCACCCUGCAAAUUCCACUCCCAGGCCCAUUCUCCCUGCCCCAAGUUUCUUGUCAAGGUAAUGAGUACAUAACAUUUUUUGUGGUAAAACUCUUAAAAAGUUAAUUUUAAUGUAUUAAUAGUAUUCCUAAUGUGUGCUGCAGAAACGGCUACAAGCCUGCUUUUCUUAAAAUUACAUUUUCCUUAACUUAAAGAUAGUUUUAGAAGUACAAAUUGGCUUCCAUCUUGCAAACAAUCUUUUUUUUUACUUCAUUAUCUUAAUUUGUCACUCAUAAAAAAGGAAACCGUACUUGAGCUGUAAACUAGACAAUGAGGAGACACUUGAGGCUUCUGCUGUAUGUUUAUUUCUUGUUGUUAUUGUUGUUACCCAGUAACUUGAAUAUUGUUUAAUGUGUUGUAAGACAUUGUAGAGUUUAUCUCAAGCUGUUAAAAAUGGUAAUGUACAAAUGUGAAUAGACACUUAUCUAUAAUAUGGGUAAGUUUUGUUUCGCCUAUAAUAGAUGUUUAUAAAAACAAGUGAGGGGACAAUUGGUUUUUUUGUUUCCUUUUGUUUUCCUCCCCCCCCCUUUUUUUUUUUGCUUGCACAGGUUGCACUAUUGAAAAAUUGAGAUUGUAUAAACCUGGUCAAAAGCUACAAGAUACCACAGUCUUGUAGAUGUCUAAUAAAAAGUUAUUAUACUAACCAGAAGUGGACUCGUGUUUAGGUCCUCACCACUUGCAGAAGCAGUCUGUGACGGGGAUUCUGCAGAACUUGUGUGUUGCUCAGCAUUCCAGGUAGCCUUCUGUUUGGGCUUCUAUUGGGCUCGCCCUCAAAAUUGAGAUGGUAUUGAGGAAGGGGUGAAAUGAUAGUACUUUUGAAUGUUGCUCAAGUUGAAUUGUUCUCUUUUGUUACUUUUUAAACUUCUAGCAGAACCAGGUGGGAUGGAUGUUCAGUGAUGGAAAGCUAGGGCUUUCAUCUUCCUGUGUUUCUUUAAGCCUGAGUUUGCUUAUGUCAAGUUUACCAUAAGUUUCCUUUAGAUUUAUUUAUUCUUAAUACCUAGGAGAACACAUUGACAGUAAUUUCUGUUCUUUGGCAUGUUUUGCCAAGUGGAUGCAACUUUUAUCCUCAGUCUAGGCUUUCUAUCUCAGGCAGUGAUCCAUCUGAAUAUCAACCAGUGUUCCUUGUUAGGGCCACUAGACCCAGCUGGCAGCCAAGAGCAGAUUGUCCCACCUGCAGCAAAACUUCUCAGUUAAUUCCUGUCUUUUUAAACCGGUAGUCUGUUCAGUGUCCAUCAACACACUAAAGUGAAAUAGAAUUGGGGAAGGGAACCCUAACAGACCUGUUCCCCUCAGUGAAACAAAAUGGCAGGGUUAGGGAAGACAGAUUCUCAUAGGCUCUUGGCCCAACUUUCUCUUUUGUGUGGGGGGUAUCUUUUUUUGCAGGGUAUGCUUACUUCCAAGCAGCAUCAGUACGAGAAUUCUGUAGCAUGCAGUUGGUUGACGCCCAUAAUUCCUGAUGUAAUGUUUGCUCUUUUGAACAGCUAUCUUGAUGCAAAGGGCAUGUGUAUGUACUGUUCUUUGAGGAACAGCUUUGUUUUGCUUUUAAAAAUAAGGUCCAGAAAUAAGGCCUCUGAAAAGUCUCCGAGGAGACCUCAAAAAGGCGACCAAUGUAAAUGGAAGGGGAUUUGAGGUGCCACAUGCCCCUGCCCAUCAUGCCCAUCAUGGCGUGGAGUGUGUUGAGCACCAAGAGUCUGCUGCUCAUCCCCCUCUCUGGAGGCUGAACAUAGGACCUUUACACUGUGCCCUUAUCUAAGUCAGCAAGUUCAGGUUGGCCAGCAUGGGAAAACCCAGGAUUCAAGGUCCUCCUCUGUCAAAAAAUCAAGUCUUAACAACAGCUAACUUCUGUAAAACAGGUCCAUGUAUUUCAGGAUCUGAAUGCCACGUCUGACCCCAGGGCCUUGUUGAACCCGAUGUGAGUCCAUUUGGCCCCUGCAAUGCCUUUCCUCCCUUUUUAGCAAUAUGGCUCUGAGCACAAAAGAUUCGAUUGUAAAUCAUGUUCGUGUUUUCAGAGUUUACAGUGUCAUUUGUGCUGAAAACCACUUUCUGAGUCCAGAGCUGCUCAGAUGGUAUCUUGGGGGUAAUUCAUGUUCCCCGAGUUUAGCAAUCUCCACACCACAAGGUCUCUAUCUGCAGUUCAGUGGGAUUAUCCAGAUAUAGGCAUCAAUGAUGUGUAUUCCUCAAAGUAUUAACGGAGUAUUUCUUUAAACACAACUUGAUCAAAAAGUAAAUAUCUUAAGGAAUUUUCCCUUUUUGCUGCUAUAUUGCAGAUAGACUCUUCAAUAUCUUUUCUUUACAUCUGUAUAUAAGUUAGCAAGAACUUGCAUCCAAAGCAAUGUACUAGUUUGUGUUUGUGUACAUAUAUUUAUUCCAGUCCAAUUAAUUAGCACUUCAGAAAAUUUUUUUGGCUGCAACAGGAACCCUUUUCAUUUUAGUGUGCUUCAUCUGUAAAGGUAAAAGUUCUAGAUUACCAAGCUCCAGGGGACUGUAACAUCUUAGAGGUUUUGUGUCUGCAGCCCCUGGGGCAUUCAUUUGCUAGCCUCCAUGUGAUACUAUUAGAACUCCUAAUAGGCACGACCAGAAAGGGCACCAGGACAGCAUUUACAGUUGUAUAAUGCGAGCCUUUUCCCCCACCCCCUCUACUUCCCAGUUAGCACGAAGGCAAAAAGCAGUAGAUUACAAAUGAUUGGUGCAUCUCAGUUUAUGAAAGUAGGAGCAGAGAAAAAGUAUUUUCCCUUUUGGUCCUUUUCUUGAUAAGAUAUUAAGAGGAAGGUCCAUGUCUACGAUCUCUUACUUUAAAAACGUACCUGAGUGAUACUUGGUAGUUUCUGAGAAUGGUGCUACGUAAGAGUUGCUGUUAGGCCUGGGAUCCAGUUAGCCGGACGUUGGGUUAGUUCAGGCAUCCCAGUAGCAAAGGCAGGCACUGUGAUGAUGGGCAUCACAUCACACCCUUGUGUCUGGGCUCUCCCUGGCUAAGCACAUACCCACACACAGGGCUGUGCACACUUUGCUGUUGGGGUACGGCAGGCAGUUCAUGUCGUGGCUGCAGCUGCAAGCAGAAACGGUUUCUGAAAGUUCCUCAUGGCAUGCCAAUUAUCGAAUAUGAAUGCAGUGUCUUUAAAGGGCAUAUAAGUGAAGGAAACACAUCUAGAUACCCGCAACUCAAGUUAGCUAGUAGUUUUUUUCUGAGUACUUGAGGUGAAAUCCAAGACCCACCUUCUUAUUUUAGGCUGUACUUAUAUAUAUGUACAUAAAUGUGUAUAUAUAGAAAUGUUGAGUUCUUUUGAAUUCUGAAUGUAAAUAUUUCUUGUAAAUUGGGACCCCACCCACUUGUUUUUCCCUUUCCCUCUUCCCUUCAAUCCUAUUUAUUCUUUUCUUGACUUCCCAUAUGGGGCAUCUUACAAUUUUUUUUAUACAAAAGUAUGGAAAACUUCUUCGUUGAAUUUGUUCAUAUAUUUUAGAAUUCAGUUUUGCAUCUUUACUAUAGAAUUCCUAUGUCUAUUUUGUGUUAAUAUUUUUCAACAUGCCUGAUUGUGUUUGCAUUUUUAUUACAAAUUUUUACUGUGUGCAAUGCAUUGUAUUGGGGGGAAUGUACUUGAGUGCAAUUUCUGAUACUGUCAUUAUAUGACUAGUUAUGCUCAUUUAUGUUGCUCUUUGGAAGCUAUAGUGAGCCUGAUGUUUUCACAUAAAAAAAAAUGUCCUCCCAAGACUUCCUUUAAGCUCCUCUAACUUCUUCAGUGCAUUUGGGAUCCAAUGUACCUCUUCAGUAACCCGACUUGCUCCUACCCUUACAGUUUUCCAGGCCUGUACCAAAGUUUUCAUCUGUGUGGCUCUCCAGCUGAGAAGAAAAUCUUGCAGAUCUGACAGUAAUUGAUGGCCUGCUGCUGGCUGCAAAGUUUCUGUGUUUUUUAAAGAAGUCAGGCCUAUACUUUUAACCUGCAAAUAAGAAAUCAGAAAUUUACUUUGCAGUGAGCACAGGUAAUCUGCUUCUGCUCUCACCUGUUAAGGAUUCUAAUAGCGGAUGGGGAGACUGGCCCGGUACAUGUGGGUCUCCAUAAAGAAUGUACUUGAAGGAACAGUUGUCCUCCCAGAGAGAGCAACACAACUGCUCUGGAGGCUUCCAUGAGCCUUCAGUUCAUGGGUUGAUUCUGUGCUGAGGGUAGAAGAGGCCGUUAACUCUGGGUGGACUGGCCAGCAGGCUCCCCUGCGCCUCUCUCACCACUAGUAUACUCCUGGGAGUUGCCCUUGACUGGAUGGAGCAGCCAGAAACCUCAUUGCUGAGCUGGAUUAAAGCAUUCUUGAUAAUGAGUGUUGCCAGCAGGGAAGGACCCAGGGGUGGCUCGUGAAAAUGGUGGUAAUUAUCUGCUGGGAGGCAGACAUUGGGUUUUUUUACUUAAAAAUUUUGCACUUUGAAGAAAAUGUUCCUCCAUGACUUUCAGGAGGGCUUGCCGUGAGCAUUUCUUGGGCCUUUCACUCAUGUACGUGUUUCAUUUACCUGUCGAACUUGCUAGACUUGUUGAAAGUUUACAAGUUGUCUGCAUGUAGAUAAGCCUUUGGAACCUAGCAUAUCUUAAAUUAGGGCCUGUCAGAGAUGCGCUCCAGUGGGAGUCCCGGCUCAGACCCACCGUGCCCACUCCCUGCCUCUGGUGCCCGAGGAGUGGUGAGCGGGGCAGCGUGCAGCAGCCAUCCCGGGCGCUGCAGUGGCGGGACAGCUCAGAGCGCCCGCCGGCGUGAGCCCAGCAAGGGACGCAGCCUGGCCAAGUUGGUUCUUCUGCUUCUCGAAGCUCAGGCCUCCCCCGGGUCUGAGGGUCAAUCCGCAGGCGCCUUAGUGAGCACGCCCCAUUCUUCCACCUCCCCACCCCUAGGGCCUUUCUUGCUGUGACGGCAUCUGUAGCACUGAAGAGGAUAAAGAAGCUUUGAGCCUUCUUUCCGACUUCCACAUCAGGGGCAGAGAGCUUGUUUCUUCUACAUAGCACAUUGUAGUCUCACCGCCAUUAGGGAGAAAAACCAUCCUGUUCAUGGUUUAUACGGAAUUUGCAAACUACUGAUCGUUAUUUUUCAAUAACCACUUGUAUCUACCAUCAACCAUGAGAGGUGGGAAGAGGUAUGCUGUAUCUCUGCAAUAAAACUUUUGCCAGGUUCUACCUCUGCUGAGCAAAGGAUACUUUUAUACUAAGUAGGCAUAGGUCUUCCUCCUUUACUGAUCUGACUUGGUGCGUCUCGAGACAACGUGUGAUGGAAUCCAAAGACAAUUUGAAACUAAGGUGGAUGUAAACUCUUGGUGGUUUUUAUUUGGUUCUCUUUUUUUAUAUCUCCCUUUGUAUAUUGCUCCUCUGUCUUGAAUGUCCGUUCGUGUACGAAGGGUACGCACUGCUUCAUUCAGCCUUCCACGGUCAAUCCAGUACCGAGUGUCCAGAAGCGAUGGUUCCAACCAUUCUGAUAUGUAACUUUAAAAAUUGGGUCUCAUGCAAUAAACAUGUGUUGGCUGCAUUUAGCGAGGUUUACCCUUGCAAGUAAAAAACGAUCAACCAUGAAGCAUAACAAACUCUGUAUUUAGUUUUUUGUUGUCGUGUUUUUUGUUUUUUUCUUUUUUUUUUUGUAAGAUUCUUAAAUAAAUUAAACUGGCUAAUA